ACUCACGGGGUUGCUGUGGUGAUUCUGAGCAACUCGCCUCGUGCAAGGUUUUGCUUGCUCAACUGACGAAUCGCAAAGCAUCUUCCCCGUCCUGGGCGCCUUGGCCCUACGAAGCCACAUCCAACUUGCGAGCAGAGAUUCCAGUAAGCUCCGCCCAGGGUCAAUUACGACAGCACCCUCACACUUUUAUCACCUGCGGCAGCAUCGUAAUCGUCUUUUAUACCUGUGUGGACUUUCUGAUUGGCUCGUGCCCUCUUCUGCGAUGUUACGAUUGCUUCAGCAACCUGCCAUUCCUACCACCUUGCUUGUUGGUUGGAUAGAGCGUUGUCACGCGCUAUGGGUUUCCAUAGGGACGUUUGGGGCGGGUCCGUAGGUGAGAGGGGCGGCAUUUUUUCUCUGAUUGGCUGGUCGCCCGAGACCGGAUUCCUGUGAUUCGCCGUCUUGUUUCUCGUGUCGCGCCCCCUUCAAUGAGGUUGGAGGAUCACGUGAGGAGGAAGGGUGCCAGGCUGUGGUAGCGGCGGGCGACAGGGAGCGCGGAGCCAUGAAGUACUAUGAGGUGGAGAUUCUGGAUGCCAAGACCCGAGCAAAGCUGUGCUUCCUGGACAAGGUGGAGCCAAAUGCCACCAUAGCAGAAAUCAAGAACCUGUUCACAAAGACCCAUCCACAGUGGUAUCCAGCCCGGCAGUCUCUGCGAUUAGAUCCCAAGGGGAAGUCCCUCAAGGAUGAGGACAUCCUUCAGAACCUGCCUGUGGGCACCACAGCAACCCUGUACUUCCGAGACCUGGGAGCGCAGAUCAGCUGGGUGACUGUCUUCCUCACAGAGUAUGCUGGGCCCCUGCUCAUCUACUUGCUCUUUUACUUUCGGGUGCCCUUCAUCUAUGGCCGGAAGUAUGACUUCACCACCAGCAAGUACUCUGUUGUGCACCUGGCCUGCAUUUGCCACUCUUUCCAUUACGUCAAGCGACUCCUGGAGACCCUCUUUGUCCAUCGAUUCUCCCAUGGGACGAUGCCGCUGCGCAACAUCUUCAAGAACUGCACGUACUACUGGGGCUUUGCUGCCUGGAUGGCAUACUAUAUCAACCACCCUUUGUAUACUCCGCCUGCAUAUGGACAUGAACAAGUGAAACUGGCACUUAUCAUAUUCUUGUUCUGUCAGCUGGGAAACUUCUCCAUUCAUAUUGCACUGAGGAACCUGCGCCCUGCUGGCUCCAAAACUAGGAAGAUCCCAUAUCCUACCAAGAACCCCUUCACAUGGCUUUUCUUGCUGGUCUCCUGUCCUAAUUAUACCUAUGAGGUGGGAUCCUGGAUUGGUUUUGCUAUUAUGACUCAGUGCCUUCCAGUGGCUCUGUUCUCCCUGGUUGGAUUUAUCCAAAUGACCAUCUGGGCAAAGGGGAAACACCGAAGUUACCUCAAGGAGUUUCGGGAUUACCCACCGCUGCGUUCGCCCAUCGUCCCCUUCCUGCUCUGAGCUGGAGGUGGCUGUCUCCAGGUCUGGGCCAGUAGUUUGGAUUGUUUUUUACCUUGCGAGUGGCUGUAAUUGGAGCCUAGAAUGGGGUUUUCUCUUGCUGUCUGCAUUGUGGUUGGAGGGAAGCUGCAGGAAUUGCUUGCUUAUGCAGGUUAUGGCCUCCUCACCCUCCACCCCCACCAUCUUUGUCCUUAUCCCAUUCUGAGCUUGGAAUAAGCAUUUGCCACAAAGCACCAUGAAGCCAAAGGCUGCAGCAGAGUACAGAGGGAACAAUUCAGUUUUAUAGAGGACAGCACGAAGCAGCUGCUGGGCAUUAUGUCUGUGAGAGCAGGUGCCAGAAAAUUAAUCUAGGCAGCUAGAGCCUGACCUAAAGAGAAAACUUGCCUCUCCUCUUGACUGCUUAGAACAGGUACCAGCCAGAUACUUGUCCCUCUCCUAGCUCAGGUUUUGGCAUCCUCCUUGGCUAAGUGAGCCCUCUAGUGGCUAUUAUUGGUAGGGCAUAAGCUUACCAGGUCACCUCUUGACCUCAGUAGUAGCUUUCUGGAGGAAGUGAUCCUGCUAAGAACCUCAUGAUGAGGCUGUCUUCUUUUAUCAACAUGGUCUUUUGCAUCCUUUGGCCCCCUUACUCAGCAAAAAAGCAUUGGUGCUUGAGACCCACAUAUUAAAGCUGGAAGAUACGAGCAAUACAAUUAAUAUAUUUUUCCAAAAGUUAUUUUGUUAUGUAAUUCUAGCUACAUAGGGCAGGUAAGGAAAGGCUGAUUUAUAGCAAGGUGUAGGAGUGAUUAGAGAUUCUGCUGCAGAAACAAGGGGGACACACUGGGGGUGACUGGGGAGCAGCCAUACUUCGUAUUGUAUGGGUAGUUUCAGCACCAUACAGGGUUGAAACCAGCAGUUCAUCUUAGGUGUAAAUGCCUCCCCUUUCCUGUAACAAGUGGAUUCUAAUUGUCACUGUGCAGCCCUGUUUUUUCUCCACACUCCACCUGCUAAGCAGCAAGCCCCAUUGUGGGGGAAUUGGUACAAUAGGACUUAGCUGGGAGAGGAGGUCAUUGAGAGGAGGGUCAGAAAAACCACUUUCCACAUCAUUUUCUUUCUGCUCUUUUGCUAAUCACUUCAUGCAUUUUCUCCAGACUGCAGGUCCAUUCCUGCCUAAAAGUGUGCAUUCUUUGAAAGUGGCCUCUAGGCUAUGAUUGAAAACUAUGCUUACAGUGGCACUGAGAAGAUCUUGGGGAAAAAUGCUUUGAAACACAGCUUGGAGUUGUUUUCAGUGACAGAGAAGAAAGAAAGAAAAGACCUGCAGUCUUAACUGUAGAAAAAUAAAGUAUUAUAGAAAUGGAUAGUCUGUUGGAUAGUCUGAGAAGAAUCUGCUUCUCCUUUCCUGUUUGUCUUAAGGUUACUAAAGUUGCAAUCCUUCAUACUUUGAAGUCGGCCCCAUUUAAGUUAGUGGGACAUACUUCAACGCAAACAUGCCUAGGGUCAGGUUGAAAGUUUGCAAGAGUCUUAGUUUAUGCUGCAUGUGAGCAGCAAGAAACUGGAAACCUGCUAGGCUCAAUGGCAGCUGUUUAAAUGAGCCACUGCUAUGGUCUGUUUUGUGUCAAAUUGACUUCUUGGAACUACACCAAUAAAAAACUGAUCCAGCCA